GACUUAAGCACAUGUUGCACAAAAUACACGCAAAUGCAAUUGCAUUUAAUUAACUACAUAUCCAUAUGUAUAAAUAUAUAUAUAUGCAUAUGUAACGUGAAUUUGGAAAAGCGCUAAAUAUUUACAUUGUGUGCAGCUAUAGUGAAAAUUUCUAAUUGCGAUAAUUUGUUGCAGAAUCGAAAGUGUUUUUAAAAAGAAUUUGGCUGUUAAAUAACCGAUAAUGAAAUUUGUUCCUCACACGAUAUGGAUAACUCUGAUGCCAUUGUUAAGUUGUAUAUGCAUGAUUAACGGAGAUUCUGACACUGAAGCCAAUAUUGAUGAAACAGAGAGUGAAAUGAUGAAAUAUGCGCCAGAAUAUCAACAUCCAGAAUAUGCAUUCAGUUAUGGUGUCAAAGAUCUGCACACUGGAGAUGUCAAAUCCCAGUGGGAGUCACGCGACGGCGAUACUAUAAAGGGACACUAUAGCAUUCUCGAGCCAGAUGGCUCGAUACGUACAGUUCACUACACUGCCGAUGCUAAGCAUGGCUUCAAUGCUGUGGUGAAGACCGUCGGCGCCAAUUCACAUCCCGUCACCGAAUCGCCGCACAGUGAAAAUGGCAUCAACGACGACACAUCGCAAUCCAAAAUCAAUCACUAUAGCAAAGAUCAGGAGCACAUAGUGCUGAGCUCAGACAUUAAACCGCUCAAAAAUCCAAUUGAAGAUCUAACGCACGCCCACCCGAAAAUUCCCAGCCUCAUUGAGUUCAAACCGCAUGCGCGCAUAAAGCAAGUGCCAAUGGAACUGGAACCAGGUAUGCGUGAACGGCUGCAGACCGCACGUGAUGAGUAUUAUCAAAAGCAAAAUUUCAAGAAAGUGCCACAUCCUGAAACAGAUUCGUACAGUAAUCAGGAGAAUGAAUGGAAAGCGCUUGUAUUGGAUCAAAAUUCCGAAUAUCAGCCGAUAUAUGGUGUCCAUAUAAAUAGUUAUAAAAGCGCAGACAAUUACAUUCCAACAAAACAAUCCAUUGCAAAUAUAGCUCAGAAUGCUCUGAAUAACGGUGGUGGGCUGCGCAAUGAAUUUAUUGCAUCAGCGCCUCUGCAUCAACGCAAUCAUGGCUCCUAUAUCGAUCCUAGUAUAAAUAAUAUACCGCCUGGCAAGAAGUACAGCUUCACCACACCUAAUUACAAGCAUCACUCAGCACCACCGCCACAAUACAAAUAUCAGACGAAUUUCAAAGCGUCUGCACCACAAAAUCGUCCAGACUACAUCAAUUACUUUCAGCGCAAAACAAAGAAAUUCAAUCACAAAGAUGCGCCGGGUCCAGUAGUUUUUCCAAAUCAUACUGGCGAUGAGCAAAAUGCAGCUUCGGCCCAAUUGGUUCAGUCGAUGGUCAGGCUCGAUCGAAAGCAUAUUUUACCCAUGUACGCCAAUCAUUACAGCACGGACAAUUAUCGCCAUCAGCGUUAUCGUACCAUUUAAAUUUUACUAAUUUGUAUGUAUGUACGAUAGUUAGUUGAUUGCGAGUAUGCUUUCGUACGUUUGUAAGUAUUUAUUGGCGCAAAUAUGUAUGAGCGUUUAUAAUUUGUAUGGAGACCUAAGCAGCAGUCCGGUAUUACUUUAUAUGGAUCUUUAUUUGUAUAUUUAUUUAUUUUAGCAAAUAUUUUGAAAAUUGUCGCAAAUAUUAAUGUAGUUGUGUACUUAUUUUAAAAUAAUUUUAAUAAAAAACAAAAUCU